ACACACUAUAGCUUUACAGAUGUCACUUGUCUUCCACGACCAAUUAAAGUUUUCUUUAAACGCAGGCUGAAAGAUCAAAGUCCAAGAAGUGAUACACUACAGUGUUAGAAUUCGCAUUUUUGUCUACGAAAUUGCAUCAUAUAAACAAGAUUUUGUUUUUUUUUUGUGGUCCCUACACGAGAGGAAUAGACCGGCAGUAUGCGGCAGCGUGGUGGAUAGACGAAACUAACGCAGAUGAUUGUGGUUGAAGAUUGCGAGACCAGAUAAUGUAAUACAUACUACAACUCGAACCGACGAUAAUGGUGUAGUGCAUAAAUGAAAUCAACUCUUUUCAUUCGGCGUUUACUUGCGGUCGUUGUAAUCAUAGUUGUGCUGAUAUAUUUUGGAGACAGCGGUCAGAAAUGUCUUCGAAACGACCAUUAGUGCAUAUUAAACCUGGAAAGGUGGUUGGAUUGAAAAGUACGUUGCCUAAUGGUCAAGCGUGGUUUCGUUACAAAGGCAUACCCUAUGCAGAACCGCCUAUUGGAAGUCUUCGGUUUCAACCUCCCGUGCCGCUAGAAACGUUCGGAGGUCAAGUUUUGGACUGUAGUAGUGAAGGAAACGUGAGCCUAAGUCACAGUUAUAUGCCAAAUGAUGCAGUCGCAUCGGAAGAUUGUUUAUAUUUGAACGUAUAUACACCUGUUGUUCCAAACGCAACAAUUAAAAAGCUACCUGUGAUGGUUUGGAUUCAUGGAGGGGCUUUCUGCACUGGAAGCGGUGAUUCGACCUUAUACGAUCCGGAGUAUUUAGUGCAGAACGAUGUUGUAGUGGUGACCUUUAACUAUCGUCUUGGACCCCUUGGAUUUCUAAGUCUUCCAUCGUUCGGUAUCUUUGGAAAUAUGGGCCUGAAAGAUCAACUGCUGGUGCUAAAAUGGGUGCAUGGCAAUAUUUCGGCCUUCGGAGGUGACAAAAACAACGUAACAUUGUUUGGCAUGAGCGCUGGUGCUGUGUCCGUGCAUCUUCAUUGUCUGAGUGAUGAAUCCAGUAGGUAUUUUCAUAAAGCUAUUUGUCAAUCUGGUGUUGCUAUUAGCGGGCGAAUACUGCAGAAGGAUCCAGAAGUAAAAGCUCGGCGGUUAGCUCAGCACAUAGGAUGCCGAGGCAAUACGGACCAGGAGAUCUAUGAAUUUCUACACUAUAUGCCCGCGGAGGUAAUUUCAUCCAAACAAAUGGGUGCCUUGAUUGAGCACGAGCAAUCUCUCGACGGAUUAUAUCCAUUCCAGCCUGUGAUAGAGGUACCUGAAUCUGAUCAACCAUUCCUCACCGAAAAAGUAUUGAAUCUCAUGAUGAAUUCGAACCGUAAAUCAAUUCCCACUAUUUUUGGAGUCAACAGCGAAGAGCUGUCCUACAAAGCUGCCUCCCGUCUCAAAAACAUAGAUCUGUACAAAAGUGAACCUCAACGAUUUCUACCGGAUUCAUUAGAUGUACCAGAAGAGUUACAGCAGUCACUUGCAAGGAUGGUUCUCAAAUAUUAUACAGAUCACGAAGUCCCGAUGGCUGAAAAUGUUCAUCAAUUGACACGGUUGAUGUCAGAUAAUUUUUACGUUAUACCAACUCUUAUGGCAUUGGAGAUUCAGCUGAAUUAUCAUCCGUCCACACCAGUUUAUUUCUACCAAUUUGCUAUGGAAGACGAGUUGAACAAGUAUCGACGACUGUGGAAUGUUCCUGAUUCUAUACGGGGAGCGUGUCACGGCGAUGAACUUUGUUAUUUGUUCAGUUCUUCACAUUUUUAUACUAGAGCAGUGAAGAAGGGCAGCAGGGCCGACCAGCUUCGUACAAAAAUGUGCAAUUUGUGGACAAACUUCGCAAAAUCGGGUAAUCCUACUUCGAGUGGAAUGGAUUUUACAUGGGAACCUUACGAACUAUUAACUGAUUGCAAUGGUAAUUCGUCGGUCAACUGUUUGUUGUUGGACGAGAAAGUAGAGAUGGCAAAAAAUCCAUUCCAUGAAAGGUUGAACUUCUGGAGAAAUCUCUAUAAUAAAUAUAAUGGAUCGUUUUUGAAACCAAAGCAAGAAUAAGAUAGUUUUUCAAUGUAUUUACUUAUUUAUAUCAUGGUAGAUGCGUUUAUUUAUUUUGGGUUGUUAUAUUUAUAAGGACUUUUGUUAUUUUUUUUAUAUAUAAAGAUAAUAACUAUUAACAAU